AUGUAUGAGUGUGCAUGGACCUGGUUCGACACCGAAGUCAUUCGCGAGGCCCACGCGAAGAAUAUGUACGCCGACGGAACCGAGCAGGAGAUCCUGGACAAUGAGCGGGGGCAAGUUCGCAAACACUACACUGAGGCCGACUCGCUUCUGUUGCCGCGUGGAAACAAGCUACAGGUCAACGGUGCCCACGUUUCUGAGAUGCAGCAUGUCAGGAUUGUCUGGCACUACCAAGACAGUAUCGAUCCGGAGUCACCCGAGGCCCAUGAGAUCGAACGCACCCAGGGCCGUGGUCCCCUCACUCUGGAUGGACGCGGAGUGCGCGAACUGGAAGUUGGGGACUCGAUUGCGCUCUGGGCUCGGGCCCGCUUUGUGGGCUGGUCCAACCAUGUCUAUCGUGCCAGGAUGAGGAUCUUUUGGGCUGUGUAG